CUUAUCUCCAACAAGUUUUUACAGAACAAGGGUGUCGGUGACAGAAGGUGCAGCAGUGCCAGCUCACUCCACGUGGACCUCUCCAACCUUGUGACCUGGGCACACAGUCAUGGAGCCAUAUGCAGCCAAAUCCCAACCUUGGAAACUGCACAGACCAUGGAUCAUCCUCAUAAGGAAAAUUCUGUUCUGUGGAUAUGUGGAGGUGGACACGCGUAUUACUGGCAUUGUGGAAAAUUAGAUAUGAGAAACAGGGAAGAGAAUGAAGGUGUAAGAAAGAGGUCAGGAUCUGCUGAGGCUUCAUCAAGGAAAGCUGAUUUAUAUGAAAAGAGGUUCAGGAUGACCCCAUUUUUUGAGAGGGCUAAAGCAGACGCUGCUAGCACAGAGUCAUGCAGCAGAUACCCAGGCGUCACGCAGAGGGAUGACACAGUCUAUAUGAUAAAUAAUGAAUCACCAGCAGAAGAAAAUAAAAUGAAAAGCAAAUCCAUGAAAUCACGUGUUACAGCAGAGGAGCAUUUGGCAACAUCUGGUAGCGCAGUCAACACUGACAGUCUUAAGGUGACAUUUGAAAGUGAGGAAGACCUACACAUCAUGUCUCAGGAACAGCAGCACACAUCAGAUGAAGAUGACCAAGGCCACAGAAUCAAACAGAAUAUUCUCUCAGAACUGCCAGAAGAUGCAGCUGCUGCAGUAGAUUUGCAAAGCCAGAACAGUCAGACAGUGGCAUUUAACCAGCCAACAGCCACCCAAACAUCUAGCUUUGACCCCACCAGAAAGCCCCCCAUGACUCCUGCCUGCAUUCCAAAAUCCUCUGCCAGCAAUCAAAAGAGCCUUGACAGCAGCCCCUUGAGUCUGGGUUCCCCUAAUGCUGCAGGGCCCGUAACACAAACUUCUGCAGCAAGAAAUUCCCCAGAGUCAGCAAUACCAAAAGAACAUUUCAAAUCUGAUUGUGCCUCCAAAACUGAAGCAGAGUCCCAACGCGAGUCACCCACCCCUGCGACAUUCUUUGAGUUUGACACCACUGUGGAUGUCAAGCAGCAGCUCCAGCUGAGCCCUUUGGAGCAUGGCACUCCAGGAAUGGGCUCAGGUGGGACUGCUCCUGAGCCCUGUGCUGGGGAGGCUGAGCCACCAGGACCCGAGUGCACAGCUCACCCUUCCUCCUCAGUGAGCCCAGGGAGCGAGAACGGCAACCACCCACCCGCCUCCUCGAGCACAAGUGAGUUGGAGCAGUGGAAUAAAAAGAGAAGCCGUAAGCGUGGCAAUAUAAAAGCUUUCAAGGACUGGCUGGUUCUACAUCACCCUGCCGAGCUGCGCGAGAUCCACACGCUGCCCCCCCAGGACCUCAGCAGUUACCUGGCCUUGUUCUACAGCUCUGCAAAGAGCCAGAACGGGGCAGACUUCUCCAGCAACACGCUGCACUUCUUUCAGCUCAGCAUAGAGCAUUAUCUCAAGGACCACAACUACCAGUACAGCACGGUUAAAGGGGUGGAGUUCAGGGCAGCUCGGGAAGCCUUGAAGCUGAGGCAGCAGCAGCUAUCUCAGAAAGAACGAGAGGGCAAGUGGGGUGUUUUGGAGAGCCUGACGGAGGAAGAUGUGGACAGUCUGUGCAGGAAGGAAAUUCUGUGUAAGCAGCACCCCGAGGGCUUGUUGAGCCUCAUGCUGACGCACAUCACCAGGGGGUUCGGGGCACGCACCCACAGCGGGGGCCGCACUCUGUUCUGGGGCCAGCUCACGCUGAGAAAGGCCGAGGGGGAGCUGGAGUGGCUGGAGUGGAAGGAUGAGCUGGGCGCAAGGGCCGGCGCAGGGGAGCAGGGUCCACGUCUCCUGGCCAGGCCCCACGCCCCCGAGGGCUGCCCGGUGGCGG